AUGAGGAAAAGAAAUUAAUUUGUGAUGAAUAAUGAUACAAAAAUUGAUAAGAGUAUUUCAGAAGAUGAUCUUAUAUAGCUUAUUACUUAUAAAUAAUCAAAAGUGCUUUAUGGGAGACUCUCUGGAGCUUUUGUUAUUGUAAACUUUCCAUAAUUUGCUUAAAAAUUAUAAGUAGAGUAGUCAAUCAAAAAUAUUGAGCAGCCAUCUAAUAUUUAAAGCAGUUAAUUAAAUCUAAAAACGUGCAAAGUGUAGAGCAAAGCUUCGGCUAAAACUACUUUUUCACUUUUCGUCUUUUUUCUUCGAAAAUCAUAGAAAGGUCCGUGGUCUAUACAACAGUAAAAGAGCAAUGCAAAUAUACUGUAUUUUAAUUCAUUUUUAAUAUUCUAAUAUUUUUUUCGAAAAGCAACAAAAUUAGCUAUUAAAAUAAUAAUAGCUUUGAUUAUUAUAUAAGGUAUAACAACAGAUUGUGUUUACCCAACCAAAAGUAGAACAAAGAGGCCAAAAAGGCAAAUUUAAAAUAGCCAGCGAGCUAAAAAUGUAGUGAAGUAUCUAACUUUCAUAGAUUAAGCAAUAGUAAUUAUAAUAGAUAUCAUAAUCUAAGAGGCAAUUAUAAGGAUUUGCUUGUGA